AGGAGAAAGGGCAACCAGUUCAUUUUCCUUUUUUUUGCCCUGGAUCUGGGUAAAGGAUAUUUAUGCCUUGCCGCUGAAAAUUCAUUUGCUGUUUAACAAAGAUUUAUCAAGCCCCACAGUGCAGAGUGCUGGAGAUUCAAAGCUAAGAAAUACAGUCGCCUCCCUGAAGAAAACUUCAAACUAACAAACAUGUGGCUCUACCUGGUCUGUCUCAUUGGCAUUUACCAUCUCUUUCGCUGGUACCAGGAGAGGCAGGUGGUGAGUAACCUUAGAGACAAAUAUGUUUUUAUCACCGGCUGUGACUCCGGAUUUGGGAACCUGCUGGCUAAGCAGCUGGACCUUCGAGGCCUGAGAGUGCUAGCGGCCUGUCUGACAGAGAAAGGGGCUGAGCAGCUGAGGCGUGAGACUUCAGACAGGGUAGAGACAGUGAUCCUGGAUGUGACCAAGACUGAGAGCAUCACUGCAGCGGCCCAGUGGGUGAAGGAACGUGUGGGAAAUAAAGGGCUCUGGGGCCUUGUGAAUAAUGCUGGCAUCUCCUUGCCCUCUGCCCCCAACGAGUGGCUGAACAAAGAGGACUUCCUGAAAGUGAUCAACGUGGACCUCAUUGGACUGAUUGAGGUGACACUGAGUCUGCUGUCCCUGGUGAGGAAGGCCAAGGGCAGGAUUGUCAACGUCUCCAGCGUCAUGGGCCGGCUGUCUUUAUUUGGUGGUGGCUACUGCAUUUCUAAGUAUGGUGUGGAGGCUUUCUCUGACAGUCUCAGGAGGGAAUUCUACCCCUUUGGAGUGAAGGUUGCCAUGAUUGAGCCUGGUUUCUUCAAGACCACCAUCACCAACAAGGAUGUUUUUUGCCAGAGCUUCCAUGAGUUGUGGGAUCGAAUGGACCCUGAAGUCAGGCGAGUCUAUGGCCAGAAGUUCUUGGAUGACAUUAUCCAAAAUACUCGUGAUAUGGAAGAUCGCUGCCAACCAGACCUCUCCUUGGUGACCAACUGCAUGGAGCAUGCCUUGACCUCUUGUCAUCCACGUACCCGUUAUUCAGCUGGCUGGGAUGCCAAGCUGUUUUAUAUUCCCAUGUCCUAUUUGCCCACUAGACUAGCAGAUGCCAUUUUUUUGAGGAAUUGUCCCAAACCUUGUAAUACCAUGGGGAGAGGGAAAGAGUAGCCAAUGAUAAGGGAAGAGAUAAGGCAGUUUAUAUAGUGAGGAAUUUGGUGUGUAGUGGAGACAGAGAACAUAGAGCAGAGAAGGGGUCCUAGAGAAAAUCAAAUCCAAUAAACAUUUAUUGAGCACCUGUAUGUACAAGGUUCUGUGCUAGGUACUGGUGGGAAUCUGAAGAUGAGUAAGACCUCAUUCCUACCUUCAGUAAUAAUAAUGAAGUAACACUCUAAGGUUUGUAAAAUACAAACAUUAUCAUAUUUGAUCCUUGCAACAACCCUGGGAGGUAGAUUUUAUUAUUAACUCUAUUUUACAGAUGAUGAAGCUGAGGUUAGGUGAUUUGCCCAGGACCACACAACUAACAAAUGUCUGAGGCUGGAUUUGAAUUCAGGUAUUCACGACUCGAGGCCCAGCACUUGAUCCGCUGAGGAGCUUAGUGGAACAGAAAAGGCAUGCACACAAAUGAUUGUGAAAUAAGGCAGAAUGGUUGUGGUGGAGUCACAGAGCAGGAGAAGGCAGAUGGAUGUACGCAGAGAAUAAGCACAGGCAUCCAGAGAAGCCUUGGCCCAGCAGGAUGGGAUGGCCCACCGGCCAUUGCCGGUCCUUCCCCUGAAGAAAGAGGUUUCCCUUUUUCCUUCUCUCUCUCUACUCUGUCCCUCGAGGACGUCACCCACUCAGAGGGGCCGUGGUCAUCUCUACACAGCUCACUUAUAGGCCUCGGUGACUACCUCUGAUCUCUCCACCGACUGCUCACAUUACAAUUCACCGGGGUGGUCCACUGGCAUCUCCAAUUCAUCUUAUCUAAAAUGGAACAAAUCAUCUCGCUCCCUGAAGCCAGAUCUCUGAACUUAGCGUGGUACCGUGCACAUAGUAGGUGCUUAAUAAAUGUUGAAUGAUUGACUGAU